AUGGAGGCACUCAGAAGCGUGGUGAACCCGACCCUGCCCUACUCUCUACCGGUUCGUCUGCACCCCGGCCACGUGGUCUACAUCGAGGGCCGCGUGCCUAAAGACUCGGAAGGGUUCACGGUGAACCUCUGCGGCAGGAACGCCGUCGCGCUGCGGGCGGACCUCCGCUUCGACGCCAAGCCGCUCGCCGGCUCCCGGUGUCAACUCGCCCUCAACGCCAAAAUAAACGCCGCCUGGGGCCAGGAGGAGCAGCGUGCAGGGCUGCCGCUGUUCCGCGAGGUCGACUUUCAACUGUCCAUCUCCAUCAAGGAGGAGGGGUACCAGGUGAUGUGCAACGAUAGCUCUGUGGUGCACUUUGCCCACCGCUUCGAGCUGCACUGGGUGGACCGCCUCGUGCUGCACCCCACCGCCUACAUCUUCAAGCUGAGAAUCCUCGCGCCCCUCGGCACCAACACCAUCAAGUAUGGAUCCGAUAUCGUUGGAGGUCUUUUCCCGGGGAAGACCAUCGUUAUCGACGGCUGCGUGCCCCCGAAGGCGAAAAGGUUCGCGCUCAACCUGCUGCAGUGCAGAACGGGCAACGUCGCACUGCAGGUGAACCCGCGCUUUGACGACGAGGAAGAAGGCGAGGUGGUGGUGAGAAACGCGCGCAUCAACGGCAGGUGGGGUGAGGAGGAGCGCUUCUCUCGGGUGGCCUUCCCGUUCGCUCAAGGGCAGGCCUUCUUGCUAGAGGUGAUCUGCGAGGAGGCCUACUUUGUGGUCAAGGUCAACCACGCCGUGGUCUUCACGUUCUCUCAUCGCAUUAAAGCCCUGGCGAGCAUCACAUGCUUCUUCGUCUACGGGGACGUGUCUGUCCACUAGGGCUCGCGGUGCCAAUCUGCCCUGACCACCCAUCCCUCCCCGAACCUCCAACUCCACCCUGGCCACCCAUCCCACCCCGAACCUCCAACUCCACCCUGACCACCCAUCCCUCCCCUCACAUCAAACUCCACCCUGGUCUCCCAUCCCUCUUUCCAGAGCAGAUUCCGUUGUAUGCCACGGGCUCGCGUGAGGUUGGAUUGCAGAGCUCGUGCUAUGAAUGGAGCUCUUGGCGUGUAUGAAUAUUUUUUUUGAGGCUGGUAUUCGGCGAUAAGCCGAUUUGAUUGAAGAUCGCACUUGAUUUUAUUUCUCUCUCGUCUCGUCUGCUACUGCUACCACGAUGGGCAUUGGAGAAGUCUUAUUUUCUACUGCUAUUGUCAACAACAAAGUCGUUAUUGUACGUCUCCUAACUUUUUCUCGAUUAUUGUUGUUACUAUUAGGCAUGACCACAAGCAUCUCAUCGGCAGUUUGUGUCAUCUCUGCUGCCACUGAUCAUUACUGCAUCCACCGCUGCUCGG